GCUCGAAACCAUCAUCCGGCUGCUCCUGAUGCUCCUGGCACUGCACCUCCUGCCUGUACACCUCCCGAGCUUGAUCCUCAGACUCCGACAGUGCCCUCAGCCUUCAAUUAUGCCGCCACGCAGACAGACGUCUACUCUGCCCUACCUGUCCGACAGCAGGAGCCGCCCGGGUCCCAAUUCCCGGGGCUACAGUCACACCACCUCUCACAGAUGGACAUUGAUGAUCAUGCUGCUUUGCCAACUCGUGCAAGCAACAAGAGCCUACUCUUCCCCAGAUCAGGGCGAAGCCAAGCGGUGACUGGAGACACAGCAUCCGGCACACAGGUGAAGCCCAACCAGUUCGCAAACGAGCUUUUCGACGAGCACUACAACGAGCUCGCCUCAGCGCUGCGAAGACCGCGGCUUCUCAUACCGCUCUACCUCGACUACGAGUGGUCUCCUGGAAUGCAGGACCACCUCGAAUACACCACAUCAUUCCAGGCACCGGGCUUCAUGAAUUGGCACGUGGUGCACUCCUCUGGCAAGGACCGUACAGGGGUGCUGUGCAUGAUCCGCAGUAGCCUCAUCUCGGCAUAUCGCAUUCGCACGGCUGAAGUAAUACCAGGCAGACUUCUUCACCUACGCCUGAUGUUCCAGGCACCACUAGAUCUCCUUUGCACCUACCAGCAUGCAUGGAAUCUACAGAACAAGGCCCUCCGCGGACCAGACAAGACGGAUGCCAUGCUCAAGCUUCGAAGGCGGGUCUGGGAUCAAAUGGACAAAUGGCUCAGUUCCAUACCGCAAAGCCAUGGGUGUGCGAUCAUAGGCGACCUCAACCAGUCUGUGCCGGCAGAUCCCCCAGUAAGUGGACCAGGCCUGCCUGUCUCGCACUCACCUCCUCACCCUGACCAGACAGUGCUUAUGGACAUCCUGCGAGCGCACCAGUGUUGCAUACUCAACACAUGGGGCAGGUCCAAAAGCUGCUACGCCAACCUGAAGUUGCGCAACACCUGCAUGAUCUGGUGGCACCGCACCUACAACAGGCCCACCAACCACGACUCCACCAGGUUGGAUCUGGUGAGGCGGGACCUUGCCAGAUGGCGGAGGUCGGGAGCCCCCGCCCAGGCUCUCUUCCGUAUGUGGUACUUCACCAUUAAGCUGCAGGCUCACACCCGCGCCCUGCGAAAGGCCUGUCGGCAGAAGAAGACGGACGCUGUGGCCGAGGUGGUACGAUCCUCAGACAUCUACGCCGCAGCACAACGAUUCGCCCCAAAGGCACCCAGACGGCGACUUCAACUUCGAAGAGCAGAUGGCCGCCUCCAAACCCAUGAAGAGGAGUUUCAACAGAUCACCGACCACUUCCAGGCAUUGUACGAUGGACCAGACAUGGCAACCCCUUGUCUGCCAGAGGACAUUGAUGUCACGGCUGAGGAGAUCCAAUCAGCCCUUCAACGCCUUCGUCCGGGGAAAGCCAUGCCCUCAACAAGUGCACCGGCAGCACUCUGGAAGCUCUUCGGCCCGGAGGUCGUCCAGAGUGGAAUGUAUGUGAGUUGUCGAUUACAGCCGUUUGUGACCUCUUUCCUGGACAGCCAGCCACAGUUCGCUUACGUGCAGGGUCGCACACUUGCACAGUCUCUGGAGAGAGUACUAGGUUGCCAGCUUUCAUUAGACAUCUCCUGUGCAUAUGAUCAUGUGCCGAGAUGGGCCUUGGAAUCGGCGUUACGCGAAGCUCAGGUGCCAGAAUCACUAACCCAGCUCGUCCUGUUGAUUCACCAUCAAGCUACCAUCCGCAUACGACACUUUGACCAGGAAACCUACAUCAAGCUUCGUCGUGGUCUACGACAAGGAUGCGGAUUAGCUUCGCUGUUGUGGGCACUCUACAGCGGCUGGCUGCUCAGACGGAUGGAUGAUCCUAACCUUCUCUCCGUGGCUCGCUCUGCCACAGUCUAUGCAGACGACCAACACUACUCAUGGAUCAUCAGGAGCAGCUCUGACCUGGAACAUGCCUACAAGGCGAUCCGACACGUGCUGCAGCAACUCAGACAACAUGGAUUGUGCAUAAGCGUGGACAAAACUGUCAUCUUGCUCGAGCUGAAAGGGUCGCUGGCAGCCAAGCUCUCUGCCAGGUACGUGGUUCACACAGAACAGGGACCACACAUGAAGUUUGUGAUCGGUGGCCACACCCUCCUUAUCAAGUUGGUGCCUAAGCACACCUACUUAGGGGCGAUCAUCUCAUAUCACAAAUUUGAGUCGGAGACCUUCAGGCAUCGCCUAAACAUCGCCAAAGGCUCAUUCACGAGGCUGCGAGUGAUUCUUCAUAAUCGAUCAGUUCCCCUGAAGCUGCGACUUCGCCUAUGGCAGGGUUGCAUCUGGCCGGCCAUCCUUCAUGGCCUGGACUGCACUGGUCUGCUUCCGGCAGACUUCCAGGCGUUGCAGAGCCAGCUCAUCAAGCAAGCCCGGUCCAUUGCCAAAUCCUUCUCCAUGUUCACCAGGGAAUCCAACUACGACUUCCUCAAGCGGCUGAAGAUCGAUGACCCAGUCCGGAGACUCAGAAAUGCCAUCAGACGUCGAUACCAGCAAGAUGACCAACUGGGCCCAGGCUUGACCCCGGGACCAGAGCAGCUACAAUGGCGAGCAUUGGUGAGUAGCAUGCUGUUUGACACUCCUAGCACGUGGCAAACCCAGACGAAGCCCACUCCCAGAACCCAGCUGAUUUGUGUGCAGAAUGUCCUCAAUGAAGUCUUCACAUGCCUGGAGUGUGGGCAGCAGUUUGUGACGGCCGCAGCACUCAAACGCCACACGUACUGUAUGCAUAUGGACCAGCGACAACAAGAUGAACGAAGCAAAGCGACACAACAGGCUCGCAAACACUCUCCCAUGGAGCAUUCGCACCAGGGGAUGCCACAGUGCCGCCACUGCAUGUACAAGUUCACUACGUGGCACGCAUUUUUCCACCACGUGUCGGCGAAGUGUUGUGCUUUUCUCAGAGCCAUUUACAACACUGACAACCCGGAGGUUACCAUCUUGCCACAGUUAAAUGAUGCCUUGGUUGACUCCCCGGACAUCAUCGCUUUAGCUCGAGAUUGCUCUUGGCAAGACCUCGCAACCCUCCCUCAGGCCAAACAUCCGGAGCAAGACACCAUGAUACAAGAGUGCAUUGCUGACAUCAAGAAAAGCAACAUCAGUGUCGCGAAUCCUUGUCAAUUCUGUGGCCAGAGCUACUCCAGACGGGACCCUCGGUCAAAGAUCAUGUUUGGCACGUUCAGCGGGGAGAUCCCGGUGCCCUCCGAGCUGCGGGAGGCCACCCAAGAGCUAGACACGCUGAAGGCUCUCCUGCCAUCUCUGCCCCAGACGUUCGCCAUGGACCUGGAGGAACAGGAGGAUGCACAGGCCAAGCAGCUGGCGGAGCUCAAAGCCAUCAUCUCCAUGCUAACCACGUUGGUUCUCCGACAGGAGAUACAGUUGAGUGUGAGCCGGCAAGACACGGCAUAUGUGGUGUUUAUCAAGACCCAAGGCCAGGACAAUCUUGCACAGAGCCUUUACUGCAUAGGGGACCAAUGGCACCAAAUGAAACAAAGCAGCCCCGAGAAACUCAAGGCUCCCAUGCGCGCGGUUCUCUUCCAGCACUUCGUCGAGACCAUCAAGCUUCGGUUCCACCAGAUGCUGGCCUCGCCGUCGUCACGAUCCCAGGCACAGGAGCUGGGGCUGAUUUCAGCCAAGGACCCCCUGAUCCCGGGACUUCGGUGGGACCCGGCGGCCAAAACACAUGUGCAGGAGGACCGUAUCGAGCCGCUACGACCGGAGGAGAUCACAGCCUCGCUGGACAGACUCCUGAUUCUCGCCUCCAAGGAGUUUGUGGUGACCAGAUUUCACGGGAUGAGGAAGCUCAGCGAGGAAUACACGUCCCCGACCCUGGGGAUGUUCCUGGAGAUCGGCAAUCGCACCAGCGAGGCACAAGAAGCCUGGGAACUGCUACACAAGCUCACCCAAUCGGCGGCGUGGAUGGCGGGUGGCUGCUAUCUCCGCCACGAGCGCCUGCAGCUGAGUGCACUGGCGAAGAGGCUUGCAUUGAUCUAUGCUGCCUGCCAUGUCGGAUCGCUUUCUACUGUUUUCGAGUCUGGUUCUUGUCAGUUUGUCCGAAACUUGAUCAAGCGAUCCAACACCACGGUGGUGCACCUUUGGAGCCACCCCAUGUGGGUGGCCCUCACACGAGGCUGGCGUCGCCCCGGUGACCAACAUGAUACUGCUGAGUUUCUUCAGUUUCUGUGCCAGGGCUCGUUACUUGUUCGUUCUAGCUUAGAGACUGCUUGGCAAGCCCGAGCUCUACAGGGCACCGAGUGGUGCAUCAAGGACUCUGGGCAGUCAGCUCUCCUCCUGUUACCUUCCCCGGGUAAUGUCCAGGAUGAUCAUACCUGUGUGGUGACUGCCCAGAGACUGCUUAGCUUGUGGCAACAGCAGCCGAACCUACAUGCCGCGAUCUUCCCGGCUGCAAUACUCGUCCUGCAAGUGUGUCGCUUCCAUUUUGAGGCUGAUAACCAUGUCGCGACCAAACGUAGGUAUCAAGUCAUUCCUGACUCGCUGCUUGCGCUGCCUUGCUUCACUGGGAUUGAUUCGCAAUGUCGCGAGGUGUGGUACCAGCUUAAUUCAGUGGUGAUCCAUCUGGGCGAAGCCCCAACAAGAGGCCAUUACCAAACGAUCCUUCAGGAUGAGACUUGCGCUUACCUGGCUGAUGAUGGCCGGGAAGCGAAGAGAGUCUCUGACACCUUUCUUGACAGUACUCAGAGGGAUUCCUACUUGCUUAUCUACAUUAGAAGCUAA